UCAGGCGACUUCCGGAAUACAAGCAGCGCAUCGCUGGAAAGUCCGUUCCAUUUGAGAAAUUUUCAAUUCACAAAGCUAACCUAAGCACCUGGAACAAGGCAACAAUCUAUUUCUUCCUGGAAUGGUAAGUGCGAGGAGAAUCGUAUGUCAAAAAUCUAUUUUCUCCGUUUUGUGAAGCGGACAGAUCUGAUGAUAAGGCAAAUUUUUGGAGUGAGACUAUUUCUAGCCCGAUUGGCAGAACAGUUUUUGUCUUCUGUAAACGUUAGAAAUGUCAGCUUGGCUAGAGCGUCACAUGGAUGUUUGUAUAAUUACGUUGUUAGAGAAUACUUUUAUUUUUGGUCUUGAACUAUCGAAGAAUGAGCCAUUCUCAAACGGCAGCAAUGUCGUUCCUAGGCUCCUUACGUUUUUCUUUCGAGACGGCAAGGGGAGAGGACUGGAGAUGAAUUAGGAUAUAUGUAAGACAAAUGAUACAUACACGAGGUCUUUUUUCCUCUGAGGAAUUAAGGAAGCCCUAAACUGACUCUCUCUUUAGGAACUUAUAUUGCUCUGGAAUGGCUUCAAAGUUCUUCAUCGCAGGCCACACUUAGUGGAACCAAUGUUGAAACUUGUCAAACGGUAACUGGUAGAGUUGGAAGAAACUAAAGGUAAACUAUAAUUAGUAAAAAUUACUGUCGAUAACGCACCAACACAGGUUUCCGAUUAAAUCACUUUUUUUAUUCUAGAAAACCCAUAUUUCUGUUAUUACAUCUGCGGUUCAACUAACGAACAUAUAUGACGACCUUUUUCCGAAUAAAACCAUGAUCACAAGUUUCCGGAUCACGAGUUUGCGGUUCUUUAUUAACGUAUUUCCGUGUUAUUGGUACCGCCUAACCAUGAAUACUCCAGGAGUCCUGGAUAAAGAGUAGCAAUGUGAAAUUUAAGCCCGGUCUAGUACUGCAUCACAUACAGCAUUACAUUGGCGGCGGCUAUGAUUAGAACCCAAACCCCGUCGAGGAGCAGACUUGCAGUUUCGCGUAGACCUUUCAACUGCACUUAUCUCUUUAGUUCCAGGUCCCCAGCGUCAUUCCAAAUUUUUUCAUAUUUAAAAAACAAAACAACGUGACAGUCUUUCCUUUUUUUUCCUUUUUUUGUUGUUGUUGUUGUUGUUUUUUUUUUCAGGUAAAAAUACAAAUUACAUGGAUGAUUUGUGUCUUGGAUACCUGCUUCAGGGAAUGUGUUUCCGUUGUGUGCACAAACCGAAAGAAGCUAUGGAGAGCCUCCUUAAUGCGGUAAACAGGUCAGUAACUUUGCUUGCGGCAACUUGCUAUUUCGUAUCAUUUUCCUCUUAAUUUUUGAAAUGGAUCUUGAGAGUGAAAGAGUUAAAACCACGAGUUUAUACUAUAUGAUCCGUGCAACUCCUUUUCGAGUAUGGGAACAAAAAACAAGCGCGAGAAAAUUAUGGCAAAUGAGUGUAUCGAGCUGAGAGAGUUCUCGGAUCCAGGCCACUCUCGGCCAGCUCUAAUAGCCCAUUUUUUUCCCUUGGUUUGUUUUUGGCGUGACAUUUUGUCGGCCUCCUUUCCCAACCAGGGAGUGCAAGCACCUUAUUCCUCCUUUUUCGUAUUGCAGAUCAAAGGACCUAGUUAAGGAUUUCUACUAGGCUCCCUUCGCAUGCGCAGAAGUUGGCUUUCUGUACCUAGAGGAGGGAGAUCUGGAUCAAGCCAAAGAAUACCUCAAUAAAACAAGGUAUGAAAAAGCAAGUCGAUUUUUCUAAGUGAUGGUAAAUUUUCAGAACAGAAAGCAAGGCAGAACUCGGAGAAGACGUGCAACCUAUGUUUUAGAAAAGCUGUCUAGUGCAUGAACAUUAGCAAGUGUUGUUAAGCAGCGUGGAAUAUCCAACAGACCUGCAAGUGCAAGUAAAGCGCGGGAAAAAGUGCCACUGGUGUUAAGCGCGGGAAAACAUGCAACCGGUGAUAAGCGUGGCUCGGUGUCGCCGUGUUUAAGCGCGGGAAAAAUGUAAGAGCUUCUAGGUUUGGAGCGUGGCAAAGGAUCAAAGCAGUUCAGUUCUUAACGUUUAUCCUUAAGAAUGCACCGUAAUCUGUUCAUACUGUUUUCUCUCUCAUAAAUCUGUAUACAUGUAGGACGCUUGCUAUUGGCCUCUGUAAAAUGAGUUAAACUCCGAUAAGUGCGAGUGCUUGAGUGGGGUUCUAAUUGAAUGAUGCUAAUUUUAAGUUAUGUGUAAUUAAACUGAUGGCUGGGGGACUCAACACGUGGUGCAUUGAUACUGCUCUCCUGGAGUACACUAUGCAUGGUAUGAAGUAUGAGAUCCCAAUGGGAUGAUAUCAGUAUCUGAGCAACUGUGCACCUACCCCUCCCCUAACCCAACAUUAACCCUAACUUUUUAUCAGUUGACUGUUGCCUGGUUACGGGAGGGGUAGGUGUGCAGUUGCUCAGAUACUGACGUUAAUCCAAAUUACCCUGUGAGAAUCAUACCUCAUACCAUAUAUAGUGUGCACUUGGAGAGAAUACUGACAUUGAUCCGCUAGUUUUUAUACCCCAGCGUUCCUCAACAAAUCUUUGAGAACGUACUUUUUGAACCGCCAGGAAAGACUACGAAAACCAUUUGUUACAAAGCAGACUUCACUUCAGAAUCCACUCAGCGCUUCAAGAAAUCAAUUACAGACGCAAGCAGGCGAAAGAAGCAGCUAAAAUGGAAAAAAAGCAAUCCAAACGCUCCAAGAAUGGUGUCACUAACAAUAAUUCCUCAAUAGACGAGGAUUCUAUCAGCAUCUCUCUCGGUGGUUCCAAGAAUCUCUCGCACCAGGACUCAAACUCGUCCUUUGAGACAGCUCCUGAAUAUUCAUCGGAAGAUGAGAGGAACCUGGGAGACAUGGAACGGGAUAGCAGUCCUAAAGAGAAUGUUGUUUUGGAAACCACAGUGUGAAAAUUUCCCGUCUCUUGAAGUUAUUUAAAUUUCCUUUAGUAUCUUUUACGUGGUGUUACAGGGUGAUGAAAAAGCCUCGGUAAUAAAUUUAUUAGUUGUUAAAAAAAACCUAGAUAGAGCCAUACCAAGUCCACUCCAAUGAAGCCAAAGAAGUGAUAUUUUGUUUUCUUAACGUGUUAUUUCUUUUUUUUUUUUCUUUUUUUUUGUUUCCCUUCACCAGAGCUUCAUUUUCGUGGACAUGAACGGAGUCUACUUCCCUAAUUUUAUAUAUGUUUUUUUUCCAACAAGGCUGUAUUUUUUUUCUGUGUAUGUUAGUGUUAAGGGAGGAAAGCCGUUUCUUCGAUAAGCCGAGUUGAUUAUUACAUCAGGCACAGCUUAUCGUUUAUUUUGGGGUAAGAGGUAGCCUCUGUAGCGAGCGCUUUAUUGAAUCGCGUACAAGUAAUUUUUUGUGACUCGUGAUCUUCACGAGCGCUUUUAACAAAAUGAGUUUGUCAGGUGAGGCGGGGCUCGGGUUGAUAAUUUGAAGGAAUGUGUUAACGGAUCUUCACGAGAAGCUAAUAGAGGAAAGCUCAAUCCGAAGAGAAAAAUGUCCCUGCAAAGAUCAUCUCGCGUGGCGUUAUAUUAUCGAGAUAUGACUCGGUCUUCGGCCAAUGAGAUCGUUUGCAUCAGUUUCUAUAAUCACGUGAGCAAUGAUCUCGCUCUUUUAAUUUCAAUUUACAAAGGGAAGUAGUUUGGUGUGUGUAAUUUCCCUCAGAAGUCUAAAGUUAAACUCCUCAAAUAGUUGGGAAUUUGAACGAAUUAUAGAUUUUAUUUAUUCUGUCCGUUCUUAUAUUUGCGUUGCUUCUAACCGAAAUAUUCAUUUUAAAUUUAUUUAUUUUUAAGCCAGAGAUAUUCUAAAUUAACAACAAGAAAAAUAAAACUCUAUCUGUACAUACGUCGCGUGAAGCGAAAUUGUGUUAUUAUAAUCACCCACUGUGGUGAAAUCAGGAAAGCUUUAAUCUUUCAUCGAGCAGUUUUUUAGUCAGUUACGUCAUAUUUUUGUGUGCAUGCAGACUUAUUUUCCACCGAGUAAUUUUAAGAUUUUAGGGUUAAAAUGAAUGCUUCGAGAUGAAGGAAAUUUCUGAUUUUUCCAACGCGCGCAGCGGAAGAUAAUAGCAAAGGAACUGUGGAUUAACUUACUUUACAUGGUUCUCAGAAAGUUUUAGAUCUGGCUUAUUUAGGUAGGAAAAGUUUGUAUCACAUUUACUUAGACUUUAUAGGAAUAAAAUGAAAAAGCUUUCUUGUUGUUAUAACGAAUCCACUUAUUUCACUGGACUUUGAUUGAC